AUGUCGCGGUCCGCACGCGAAAUCUCGAGCCCAGCGGAAUGGAGUACCGUAGUUGAAGGCACGAAAGUAUGCGUGGUACUAUUUUACUCCCCCAGUAAUGCGGCCUCGUUGGAAGCUAUUCACAUCCUCGAACACCACUCCCAAGGCCUCGAAGGACGCGGCACGGUCUUGGAGCUCGCAAAGGUCAACGUGGACGAGGUGAAGGCGAUCAAGAGUGCCUACAGCAUCACAAAACUCCCGACAACCAUGCUCUUCCGGAACGGCAAGGAAGUCGACAAGGUGUCCGGCGACAAUAUCCCGAGACUGACGCAACUGAUCGAGAAAGUCAAACAGGCUGUUGACUCGGAAACGACCAAAAAGGCAAGCGGGAGUGCCAACAGCUGGAAGGGUGCCGCACUUCCCCGCGGAUACGUGGAUAUCACCGAUCAGGUCGAGCUCAACCGGUCCGAACUUUUGAACUUCGAUACAGAGACCGGUGGCGUCCGGGCGCUUUUGUCGAGCGAAAAGCCAAGUGCUUUGUCUGGAGGCAAAGCAACCGCGAAGGAUUGGGUAGAAAGUGACACCGACGAUCAACUGCUGCUCUUCAUGCCCUUCCAGUCUAUGUUGAAGUUGCAUACUCUCCAGAUCACCUCCCUUCCUCCCACUGAUGACGACGACGACGAGGCACCCAUGAGGCCGAAGACGAUCAAGCUUUUUGUCAACAAGUCGCACAAUCUCGGGUUCGAUGAGGCUGAGGAUCUCCAAGCUACGCAGGAUAUCGAGCUGUCAGAGAGUGACUGGAACAAGGAGGGAACUGCCAGCAUUCCUCUGCGUUACGUCCGUUUCCAAAACAUCGACAGCUUAGUUCUGUUUGUUGUCAAUGGCGACGGUGAUAGCGAGAAGGUCAGGAUUGAUAGGCUGAGGCUCAUUGGAGAGUCAGGAUCAGCCAGAGAUAUGGGCAAACUGGAGAAGGUUGGUGAUCUCCCGGGCGAGUAG